AUGGUCUACAUAAUGCACGCUGCGGGGCUGUUCAACCAGUUGGCGAAUGCCAAUUUCCUCGCUGUGGCACUGGUCUGCGACGUGAUGCUGAUACGCUUCUUCCUGGCGGUGCUGUGUUUGAUCUUCCACGGCCACGCCUUGACGCGCCUCGUGCUGGACGAGCGGCACAUCCGCUUCAAGACAGAGGACCAGGAGCAGCUGUGGCGCUUCUUCUACCGCAGGGGCGGGAUGGGGCGGCUGGAGAUGAAGCAGGCCCUGCGGUACGGCAAGUGGGUGCGGGUGCGGGCUGGCGACAUCAUCGUGCACGGCCCCGAGGCGCGGCUGCGCUUCUUUGUGCUGGUGGAGGGGCAGGCCAAGAUAAACUCCAUGUACAAAGGGCUGCUGGUGGAGCCGCGGCCCCUGCUCUCGGGAUCCUGCUUCGACAUGGGGCUGCUCAGCGUGUUUGGCGUGUUCAACGGCAUGGUGAAGAAUGAUGAGCACCUGUUCACGGCACAUGCAGAGACCAACUGCCUGCUGUACAGCUGGAGCAUCGACGAGCUGGCGCUGAUGGCGACGCAGCUGGCGCCGGCAGGCGAGCUCGUGCUUCCCUGCUGCCCCUGCUGCUGCACUCCCCGGCUGGAGCUGCCUCCCUGCUGCCCCUACUUCUUCCUGCCCAGAAUCGGCUCAUACUUCCGGAACUUCACCUUGGCGCAGCUGGGCAUGUUCCUGGGCUACCGCCUAUACCCAAACAAGGAGCUGGUGUGUGCCACCGGCGAGAUGGAGCCAAAGGGAAUCAUGACGGGGGAGGUGCGCAGCCGGGACUUCACAGAGACCCUGCGGCCUUACGAGGAGCAGAAGUCGACGGUCAAGGGCUUCAUGGCCUGGCUCAAGCGCAGCUUCAACCCCUUCCCGCCCGCGGGCCUGCGGCACACGGCCCUGCCCAUCACCGGGAUCAUGGCACGCAACCGGCUGGUGGCGGUCAAGGCGGCCAAGGCCAAGGCGGCCAUCGAGGCGGCGGAGGAGUCGUCUGUCUGGGAGGACGACGUUGCCAGCAACCCCUCUGCCCACGGCGGGUCGAUCGCGCUGGAGAUCCUGGAGCGCAUGCAGACCCUGCAGCAGCUGGACAGCACCACGGUGGAGGCGCUGCUGCAGCGCGCGGCGACGCAGGUCAACAUACGCGGCCUGUCCGGGAUCCCAAACAUGGGCAGCCCCGGCACCAGCGAGCCCGCCAAGAGCCGCGAGGGCAGCGGCUCAGUGUCCCUGGCCAGCCCCAGGCCCAGCAGGCAGUCGUGGGACAGCGUGGUGGUGGGCAGCAGCGCCCCGCACGCCAGCAGCGCCCGCGGCCUGCUCAGCCCCUUGGACCCGAGGAGCAGGAGCAUCAUGACGCUGAUCGACGGGCGCACAGGGCUCGAAAGGCGAAACACGGGCAGCACGCUGCCCUCCAUGCAUCCCUCCCAGCUAAUGGGCCUGGAGGGCCAGCAGGCCCCUGGGGGGCUGGAAACCGUGGUGGAGGUGGCGUCAGCGCUGGAGCUGCCAACCAUGUCCAUGCUGGGUGGCGUGCCGACAGUGGACGAGCUGCGGCGGCAGCCACCCGGCUAG